AUGCUCGGCGACCAAGGUGCUUCAGAUUAUCCUCUUAUUAUAGCGUGUGGCAUCGGCGAACAAAGUAUCGCCAUCCAUGCCAUGUUUGACUCCAACGUGAUGAGCCUGGAGUUUUCCCGAUCCAUGAUCCACCAGUUGUCAUACACCCUUGGGCAGAUCAGCCAGCGCCCCGGGGCAUGUUUGAGAGACAUCCAUGGGAUCAACCCAGAAGACUUGGAGAGGAGUAUUAAGUGGAACAGUUCACAUAAAACAGAGAAGUGCAACAAGUGCGUUCACCAUUUGUUCGAACAACGCUGUAACGAACGGCCGUCUGCGCCAGCCAUUCGUGCCUGGGAUGGAGAGCUUACAUACAAUGAGCUCCAUAACGAGGCCUCUUGCCUUGCUAGCGCACUUGUCAAGGCCAAUGUGGAGCCUGAGAAGCUUGUCUUUAUUCUAUCAGAGAAAUCUCUUUGGACAGUUGUGGCUCUCCUGGGAAUAUUGAAAGCAGGUGGAGGGUUUGCACUGCUGGAUCCCUCGCAGCCAACAGAUCGCCUCACUGCAAUGUGCAAAUUAACUUCACCGCACUUGAUUCUGGCUUCAAGACAACACGCCGCCAAAGCAUCUCUCCUCGGACCACCGGUUUCAAUCCUGGAAGAUAUGGAGGUUCGAGAUACAAACACAGUAUCGGUGGACUGGCCUUGUGAACGACCAUGCCAGGCCGAAGGCCACCAUGUGCUGUUCGCGAGCUUUACUUCUGGCUCAACUGGAGAGCCCAAGGGGGUGCUUGUGGAGCACGCGGCUUUUACCAGUAGCCUUGAGAUCCCUGGAGUGAGCAGAGAGUCUUAUAUGCUCCAGUUUGCAUCGUAUAACUUCAGUGCAGGCAUUACAGAGCAUUUAACGGCACUAAUCCGAGGCGCCUGUCUGUGUAUCCCCUCGGAGAAGAAAUUGGAAAAUAACAUGGAGGAGGCAAUAAGUGAGCUUGGGCCCACCUGGGCAGUACUCACGCCAUCAGUGGCCAGGGUUAUUGACCCCAAAGCUGUCCCAUCCAUCAAGCAUCUGCUCCUCGCCGGGGAACAGAUAAGCCGCUCGGAAGUUAGUAAAUGGGAGAAGCACGUCGCGCUAUACGCUCUGUACGGGCAGACUGAGUAUGGCUGUGCUAUCAUGGCCACACCCAUUUCAUCGACAAGUGACCUAUCCACGCUUGGUACUCCGGGUUCCGGAACCGGCUGGAUUGUCGAUCCUAAGGACCAUAACCGUCUGAUGCCUCUCGGGGCUGAAGGGGAGCUGGUUCUCCAAGGGUCAUGCAUAGCAAGAUGCUAUGUAAAGAACGAGGAACAAACGAGGAACACGUUCAUAAAGCCCACAUGGAGACAACGGGUGGGUUUCGAGGAACAUUGCCGCUUUCUGAAGACUGGCGAUAUCUUUUCACGCAGCCCUGUCGACGGCUCGUUCCAAUAUAGGGGUCGCAAAGACAGGACGGUCAAGAUCCGUGGCCAAAGAAUGGAACUUGCCGAGGUCGAGUAUCAUCUGGCAGCGCAGUUUCCGGAAAAGCCCAAUGUAUGUACCGAGAUUGUUUACCCCAGUGAUGGCGGUCCUCAGUGUGGUAUGCUAGUCGCGGUCAUUCCCACUGCUCCUGGAAGCGGCGGAACGACAGAUACAUUCCGGCUUAUUGCACACGAUGGUGCAUUUGUACGCCGUGUCAAGACAGUCAUGGAGAACAUGCGAAAAGUACUACCCUCGUAUAUGAUGCCAAGUUCAUUCAUAUCGGUCACCAGCCUCCCCAGAACAGCAUCCGGAAAGAUCCAUCGGAAGCUCCUGAUAGAGACUAUCUCUCGAUUAUCUCGAAGAGAAUUACUUACCUACCUGAGUGCUCCCAAAGCUUUCAAGCCCCCGACUACAGAAACCGAAGCGGUUUUGCAGUCUCUGAUUGCCAAAGUAUUGUCUGAAGAUCCAGAGUGUAUCGGGAUGGAUGACCAAUUUCUGGCGUUAGGAGGGGACUCUCUCUCAGCACGACAGCUAGUAGCCCUUGCACGGACAGAGGGACUUUCCAUCAAAGUCUCUGAUUGUUUCCAGCAACCGGACGUGACUUCGCUUGCUCGGUGUGCCCAAACUUGCCAUGCUGUAUCUAGAAAACCCGUUCCUGACUGGAAGGGAUUUGAUCCUCUUCGUUCCCUGCGAGAGGACUUCUUGCGCCACCUUCCUGAACAGCUCACUGUCAGCAAUAUCGAGGACGUUGUUCCAACACGCGAAAUGCAAUUGUUUCUGGUACAGUACGGGAUAAUGGACUACAUACCGAUCCGAAUUUCGGGGCGUCUCGACCCGCUUCAAUUGCGCCUUGCCUGCCAAGGUUUGGUAAAGAACCACACCAUACUACGAACUACUUUUGUACCUUUCCGCGAUAAUCAUGUACAGGUUGUCCUGAAACAAGUGGAACUCCCAUGGACGGAGUUCACGGAGCCCCCAGACAACUACGACCCCGAUAUGUGGGCACAUUCUGUAUGUGCCAUGGACCGGAGAGCAUAUCAGACGAACGAGACAUUCGUCAAAUUCAUACUGCUACAAGACGACAGAACACAACAACAUACGCUGAUCAUGCGAGCCAACCACGGCCAAUUUGACGGGCUCUGCCUGGAAACCAUCCUGUCUGAUCUAGCAAAGCUGUACGAGAACAAGCCCCUCAAUAUCCAAGCCACCUACGCGGAUUACGUCCGCAAAUGUGCCGAAUUACGCACCACGCAGUCACUGCGCUUUUGGACGGAGCUAUUGAAUGGGUCAUCGCCAACGAACCUUCCACUCUCCCCCUCAAAAAACCACCAACAGCCCGUCUGCAUAGUCGCCUCCCGGGAUUUGCCCACAACGAGCCCGCUCCCUCGGGGGUUUACUUGGGCUACCGUGGUAAAAGCGGCUUGGUCAUAUGUCCUGCGGCAGAAGACGGAGCGCAAUGACCUCAUGUUUUGCCAAAUCACCAAUUGCCGGUUUGUCGGUAUCCCUGGGCAAGAGCGGAUCCUGGGGCCGUGUCUCAACCCUAUUCCGGUCCGUGUUCGAUACAAGGCCCAGUCGACAGUCAGAGACUUGUUAAGUGCUGUCCAGCGCCAGCACGUCGACUCGAUGGACUAUCACACCCUUGAAUGGGGCGAUAUAGUCGCUAAUUGUACGGAGUGGAACAACGAUACGGAGAUUGACUCCAUCGUUCUGCACGAGAAUAUCGACGCCAACCCCGUUACACGUGUCGGUGAUGCUGUGUGGCAGGUGUUGGCGCAUAGUGUUGAUAAUCCGCCUGAGAAAACGGUGUAUCUUUACACGUAUCCGCAGAGGAAUUCCUUGUUUGUUGUGCUGAUUAUGUCGAGUGAGUUUGGGUGCAGAGCUGAUGCUGAGGGCCUCGUUGGGAUGUUCUGUUCUGCUGUUACUUCGUUUGUUAAUAAUCCUGACAUGUCAUUGUGCUGUAUGGAUGGUUAG